AUGCGCCGUUCUGCCAAAUAUCGCCGCCCCAAAUUGCCGCAACCAGAUCGUUCUGCAGAUGUAGGAGCUUGGAUUGUUGGCGAAACAUCUGGUGACUAUAUUGACCACCCUCUACCCUCAUCCACUGGCAAUAUUGACCACCCUCUACCCUCAUCCAGUGACUAUAUUGACCACCCUCUACCCUCAUCCACUGGCAAUAUUGACCACCCUCUACCCUCAUCCACUGGCAAUAUUGACCACCCUCUACCCUCAUCCACUGGCAAUAUUGACCACCCUCUGCCCUCAUCCACUGGCAAUAUUGACCACCCUCUGCCCUCAUCCACUGGCAAUAUUGACCACCCUCUACCCUCAUCCACUGGCAAUAUUGACCACCCUCUACCCUCAUCCAGUGACUAUAUUGACCACCCUCUGCCCUCAUCCACUGGCAAUAUUGACCACCCUCUGCCCUCAUCCAGUGACUAUAUUGACCACCCUCUACCCUCAUCCACUGGCAAUAUUGACCACCCUCUACCCUCAUCCACUGGCAAUAUUGACCACCCUCUGCCCUCAUCCAGUGACUAUAUUGACCACCCUCUACCCUCAUCCACUGGCAAUAUUGACCACCCUCUACCCUCAUCCACUGGCAAUAUUGACCACCCUCUGCCCUCAUCCACUGGCAAUAUUGACCACCCUCUACCCUCAUCCACUGGCAAUAUUGACCACCCUCUACCCUCAUCCAGUGACUAUAUUGACCACCCUCUGCCCUCAUCCAGUGACUAUAUUGACCACCCUCUACCCUCAUCCACUGGCAAUAUUGACCACCCUCUACCCUCAUCCACUGGCAAUAUUGACCACCCUCUGCCCUCAUCCACUGGCAAUAUUGACCACCCUCUACCCUCAUCCACUGGCAAUAUUGACCACCCUCUGCCCUCAUCCACUGGCAAUAUUGACCACCCUCUACCCUCAUCCACUGGCAAUAUUGACCACCCUCUACCCUCAUCCACUGGCAAUAUUGACCACCCUCUGCCUUCCCAGUCCUAG